CGCCAAGUGACCAGUAUCAGUUACAUCUGAAACACUCUAUUCAUCAUGAACGCCAAGGUCCUCAUCAUCCUGGGUCUGGCAGCCAUUGCCGCUGCCGACAGCUUCGAAUCUUUCGAAUACAGACCACCACAGCGCCACUCCUUCGAAAACUCCUUCGAAUCCUACGAGUCCGGAGAGGCCAAGUACGACUUCCAAUGGGCCGUAAAGCACGACGACUCCGGCAACGACUUCGGACACCAGGAAGCCCGUGACGGUGAAGACACUCAGGGAUCCUACUACGUGCAGCUCCCCGACGGCCGCCUGCAGACCGUCAGGUUCGUCGUAGAAGGUGACGACGGCUACGUGGCCGAUGUCAACUACGAGGGCGAGGCUCGUUUCCCCGACUCCUAUGAGUCUGCUUCCUUCGAGUCCCGCGAAUACAGACCACGAUAUGUCUACGACUCCAACGAGUCCAAGUAAAAAUGUUCGAGGAAACCUGGAUGAAUAGCGCUUUUUUUAACUUGUGAAACUAUUUUUUAUUUAUAUGGAUAAAUGU